GUGGUUGAUUCACGUUGAAGGAUAUCCCAAAGCCUGUGUUUAGCCGUUGGAUAAAACAGUAAGUAACUAAAAUAAUCAAAAUUGUGAGAGAUUUUUUGUGAAUUUUUUUGGAAGGAUUUUGAACUUUGUUUAUCGAACCCAAGCGGUGCGGUGACCUGAGGCUCUUGUAAUCGGCGGUGAGACUUCAAACUUCAACCUUCAACGACAAGUCAUCGUGUUAAGAUGAAGGGACUCUUCAAAUCUAAGCCGCGAACUCCUGUUGAUAUCGUGCGGCAAACGCGCGAUCUCCUCAUGUAUGUUGGCCGUUCCUCCGACAGUCGUGAAGCCAAGCGGGAAGAGAAGAUGGCGGAGUUAUUUAAAAAUAUAAGGGAGUUGAAGUGUAUUCUUUACGGAAAUAGUGAAUCUGAGCCGGUUUCAGAAGCUUGUGCACAACUGACUCACGAGUUCUUCAGAGAGAACACGCUACGACUCUUGAUCACUUGUCUUCCUAAAUUGAACUUAGAGGCGAGGAAAGAUGCAACUCAAGUUGUUGCAAAUUUGCAAAGGCAACAAGUGAAUUCACGGUUGAUUGCUUCUGAUUACUUGGAGACAAACCUUGAUCUUAUGGAUAUUUUAGUAGCAGGUUAUGAGAACACAGACAUGGCUUUACAUUACGGUGCAAUGUUGAGAGAAUGCAUUCGGCAUCAGACUGUUGCAAGGUAUGUUUUGGAGUCGCAGCACAUGAAGAAAUUUUUUGACUAUAUACAACUUCCAAAUUUCGACAUUGCUGCUGAUGCUGCUGCAACUUUUAAGGAGCUCUUGACAAGGCAUAAGUCUACUGUGGCUGAAUUUCUUUCGAAGAACUAUGACUGGUUCUUUGCAGAAUAUAACUCAAAGUUGCUGGAAUCUAGCAACUAUAUUACGAGAAGACAAGCUGUCAAGUUGUUGGGAGAUAUCUUGUUGGACCGGUCUAAUUCAGCUGUCAUGACCAGAUAUGUGAGCUCAAGGGAUAACUUAAGGAUUCUUAUGAAUCUUCUAAGGGAAUCAAGCAAGAGUAUCCAAAUAGAAGCUUUUCAUGUUUUCAAGUUGUUUGCCGCGAACCAGAACAAACCUGCAGACAUUGUUAGCAUACUGGUUGCAAAUAAAAGCAAGCUUCUACGUCUGUUUGCAGAUUUCAAGACCGAUAAAGAGGAUGAACAAUUCGAGGCAGACAAGGCUCAAGUUGUGAAAGAAAUCGCUUCCCUCGAGCUUAGAGACCGGCUAGAGUGAGCCUAAGAAAUGCAAAGCAAGGGCCUUUCGAGCAUCACGUGGAGUGGUAGUAACCGGUAAAGGAUUGGUUAUUUGGUCCAAGUUUGUCUUCAAAAAGGAAGAGAGAGGAACGGGAAAAAAAGGAGAUUGUAUGGUGGAAGGAAGUAAGGAAGCUUCGGUUGAUUGGACCAUUUGAUUUCGUCUACCUUUCACAUCAGAUAAGAUAAUCGGAUGAUAGGCAAAGGCACAUUGGCAUAUUCCAUGAAUCUCCUCUUAUUGGUAUUCAACGAGGCAACGGCUACAGUACUCAUCACAAAGCAGCCAUUUUCUUAUUUGUUAUUGUUUUUAUAAUUAAAUCGGUAAUUUUUUUAUUUUUUAUUUUUAAUUAAUUGAAUAGUCAGUUCAAUCAAUAAAUUUAAAAAAUUAAUUAGACCCUCA